AUGCAUGCGGCUGCCCCCCAUUUUCUGUGGCCGUUUGCGGUCAGGUACGCGGCGCAUCAGAUCAACCUUCACCCCAAGGUCUCCAGGCCGGAGACCUCCCCAGGCUUGCUGUGGACGGGGAAGGUUGGCGAUGCGUCGGCGUUCCGGGUCUGGGGAUCUCGGGCGUUUGUCCGCGACUUGUCUGCGGACAAGCUGUCCCCUCGUGCUGCUCCUUGCGUCUUCCUGGGGUUCCCCCCUGACGCUCCUGGGUGGCAGUUCUACCACCCCACCUCUCGCCGUGUUCUGACCUCCCAGGACGUCACGUUCGACGAGUCGGUCCCCUACUACCGCCUCUUCCCCUACCGCACUCCGUCCCUCCCCCCGCCCCCGCUCUUCCUUGUACCAGGUCCCCCCCAGGUAGACCCCCUCCCCCCUCAGGAUCGUGCCCCUUCAGGUGUGUCCCAGGUAGAUGCAGUCGAGCCUAUCGAGGUCACUGGUGACUCUGGUGCUGCUAAGGGUGCUGAGCCUGGGGGUGCUGUGCCUGGGGGUGCUGAGCCUGGGGGUGCUACGCCUCGGGGUGCUUUGCCUAGGGGUGCCGGGCCUGGGGGUGCUGAGACUGGAGGUGCUCCGCUUGGAGGUUCUCUGGGUGCUUCGUCUCGCCGGGAGCCACUCUCUCCACAGGAGCUGCGCGAGUGGUUUGCCCGGCGCUGGAGCCGUGCAGCUGGUGCUGGAGUUUCUUUGGCUACUGGGGGUGCUGAGCCUAGGGGUGCUGAGCCUCGGGGUGCUGAGCUUGGGGGUGCUACGCCUGGGGGUGCUGAGCCUGGGGGUGCUGAGCCUGGGGGUGCUGAGCCUGGGGGUGCUGAGCCUGGAGGUGCUCCGCCUGGAGGUUCUCCGGGUGCUUCGUCUCGCCGGGAGCCACUCUCUCCACAGGAGCUGCGCGAGUGGUUUGCCCGGCGCUGGAGCCGUGCUGCUGGUGCUCGAGGUUCGUCGGCUACUGAGGGUGCUGCUGUCGCGGGUCCCGGAGGUACUUGUCCUGGGAGUACUAGAGCUGCUGGGCCUGCAGGUUCGACUGGAGCUGGUGCUGCUGAGGGUGUUGGCGCUGAGACUACCACCGGCGGUCCUGCUAGGGGUGUGCCUGUUGCUGCUGGAGGUUCUGGAGCUCCUAGAUGUGCUGCUGGAGCGGGUGCUCCUACUGGAGGUGCUGCUGAGGGUGUUGGCGCUGAGACUACCGCUGGCGGUCCUGCUGGGGGUGCCCCUGGUGCUGCUGGAGUUUCUGGAGCUACUGGUGGUGCUGCUGGAGCGGGUGCUCCUGCUGAGGGUUCUGGUGCUGGCCUACAGUUGCAGCCUACCUCCCCUUUGCCUGCUCCUUCUCCCUACACUGGUCCUACUGGAGGUCUUGCUGAGCGUCGUGAGCCUGCGUCUCGCCCUGCGUCGCCUGUCCGUGCUACUCGCACUAGUGGUCGCGGUUCGCGUCAGCGUCCUCCUCCUGUCCCUGGCACGCACCGGAUGUCUCUACGUCCGUCCACUGCUCCUCUGCGUGCCCCUUUGCCUUCUCCUCCUGAGUCCUCUCUUCCUGCUCUUGCCGACCCGGAGUCGGACUCUCUUCGUGCUGCCAGUCCUACUGUCACGCGUCUCCUUGCUACUGUUGUCACUGACCCUUCUUUCGAGUCUACUGUUGCGUUUGCUCUCGUUACUGAGCUCGUCGACUAUGACUAUGCUGCUAGUCUUGUCGCUGAGUCUGAGUCUGUCUGUCCUCCGUCCGUCGGGGGUGAGUGUGCCCUUGGCACGGACGUCCUUGAGGACAGGCAGGAGGAGUUCCAGUGUCUGGCAGCUGCUUCACCUCAUCUCGUGUCCGUACUGCUUACCCCUGAGGGAGACCUGGAUUCACUUGACAUCCCGACUCCGCGCUCUUACGCGGAGGCGAUAGAGGGUCCCUACUCCUCUCAGUGGCAGGCAUCUAUGGAUGCAGAGAUGGCUUCCUGGAAGUCCACAGGCACCUACGUUGACGCUGUCCCCCCUCCUGGGGCGAACAUCGUCAGUGGCAUGUGGAUCUUCAGGGUGCAGCGGCCGCCGGGUUCUCCGCCUGUCUUCAAGGCGCGUUACGUGGCUCGUGGCUUCAGUCAGCGGCACGGAGUUGACUACUUUCAGACCUUCUCCCCCACCCCGAAGAUGACCACUCUUCGGGUACUGGUGCACGUUGCUGCUCACCGUGACUACGAGCUGCACUCUCUUGACUUCAGCACAGCUUUCUUGCAGGGCAGCCUGCACGAGGAGAUCUGGCUGCGCCGCCCACCUGGCUUCACUGGGUCUUUCCCUCCUGGUCCCCAGUGGAGUCUCCGGCGUCCAGUCUACGGUCUCCGCCAGGCGCUACGUGAGUCGCACGACACACUGAGGACUACGCUUGUGGCUCUUGGGUUUGCUCCUUCUACUGCCGACCCGUCGCUGUUUCUGCGCACCGACACCUCUCUGCCGCCGUUCGACAUCCUCGUGUACGUCGACGACUUGGUCUUUGCCACAACUGACACUGCUGGACUCGCCUACGUGAAGUCCGAGCUGCAGAAGAGACACACGUGCACAGACCUGGGUGAACUGCGCAGCUACCUUGGCUUGCAGAUCACCCGGGACAGAGCACGCCGCACCAUUACCUUGACUCAGUUACACAUGGUGCAGCAGGUCCUUCAGCGCUUCGGCUUCACGUACUCCUCGCCUCAGGCCACUCCUCUGUCUACUCGCCACUCGCUCUCAGCUCUGCCUUCGGAUGAGUCCGUAGAGUCGAGUGGCCCGUACCCAGAGCUUGUUGGCUGCCUCAUGUACCUGAUGACCUGCACACGACCUGACCUUGCAUACCCUCUAAGCAUUCUUGCACGCUAUGUUGCUCCUGGGAGACACUGA